AUGAAUGGAAAUUUAGUUUGUUUAUUAUUACCUAAUCCAUCAAAUAAAGGAUAUUCUCUUUAUUUUGGUGUAGUAAUUUCGAGAGACGAUAAAUCUUUAGCCAAAAGUGCUAAUUAUGCUGAGAUCGGUAUUAAUUUUAUGGAUCCCUCAAUUUAUACUGUUGCAUUGGCCGAAAUUUCUAAAUCUGAUCAAAUCUCGUUGGAAAAUAGAUUUAUGGUGGAAUCAACCGGUGUUUAUUUAGAAGCAUAUUAUCAUAUCCUUAAAAUUAUUCAAACUAUGAAUCCUUUUACUUUUCCCUUUGAAAAAUAUUUUGCUCCGAAUUUACAAGAUCAAAAAAGAAAAAAUAAGCAAGGUUUUGAUGUUUCUGAUGAUAAAGUUGAUCCUCCUAUGUAUGCUAGAGCUCCUGGAUUCCGGUUUGAUUUAUCUUCCAUAUGUAAUGAUAAGCAGGUAAGAUUGAAUGUUGCCGAUACAGGUUCUUAUGACUUUACAGCGAGAUAUAUCAACAAGUAUGGAAAAUUAGAUCAAACUCAAGCGAAAGCUUUGAUUUCUGCUUUAACACGUGAAGUAGCAUUAAUCGAAGGACCGCCAGGCACAGGAAAAACCGUAGUUGGUAUUGAAAUCAUGAAAGUCUUAUUGGCACAACAAAAUUCAAAUACUAGACUUGGCCCUAUUCUCACCGUUUGUUUUACUAAUCAUGCUCUUGAUCAAUUCUUGGAGCACUUACUUGAUGAUAAUAUUACAACGAAUUUAGUUCGAAUAGGCUCAAGAACAAAAUCCGAAAAGGUUAAACCUUUUAAUCUGGAAGAAAUUUGUAAAAAUCGAAAACGAAAAGGAAAUUAUUUG